AUGGCCGAUAAUUCUGCAGCAACCGAAGCUAAAGCUAUGUCUCUAGAGCUGAUUGACAAACUGGCAAUACGUGUGAAGCAUUUAUAUAGCGAAUUAUUAAAUACAUCAUGUGCCAAGGAGGACUCCCUUAAGUACGAAAUUCAGUCACUGCUAACAGAGAUCGAUCAGAUGGAGCUCGAGCUGGAUUUAAAAGUAGUCUCGAAGGACAGACGUAACUACAUGGCUACGGACAUUUGGCUGCUAACAAUGGAUAAGGAGCUUGUUGAACUCCGUGAGGAACUAUCCAAGCGCAUUGUGAGCAACCUCGCUACUUAUGUAAAUAAAAUGCCCAAGGCGGAUGAAAUGUCCGCGAUCCGCGACUAUGUGCAGAGUCUGCGGGAAUUGCAUGAGGCCCGCAUGAAUGAGGUAUUUAAUCUACGGUAUUCAAUCCAGAACGAGAUGAAAGUGCUUGGCAUAGACCCAGAAACAGAAGAGGAGGAAAACUUGCUUGAUUACACAGAUCAGUGUCUGACAGCCAACGUCGUUGAGACACUUAUGGAGAUGAAAACGGAAUCUACCGACAAAAUUGAAGGAUUACAUGAUGACGUUUCCUGUUUGCGCAAAGAGCUUUGUGAGAAGGUCGACCAAAUGCAGGCACUAUGCGAGUAUUUCAGUAGCCGAAUACGAAAGCUCGAUGAUUCACUUGUUUCGUUCGAACUGCUGAAGCAACAGUUAAAAAGCUACGAUGCUCUGCAUAUGACGACUGCGAAGACCGUGAUCCAGGAACUGCGCAUUGAAGUCGAAAAGUAUUGGGACUUAAAAAUGCAAAACGUAAAAUAUAGAAAGGAUUUCUUGAUGAUCGUUAAUGACGGCACCUGGGAGGGUGCGCUGGAAAAGCUGGGACACGAGGUGGACUCGCUGAAGGAAUUUUACGAAACCAACAGGAGACUAUGA